CCUGAAUCUUGCGCUAUAAUAAGUUUACAAAAAUAAAAUAAACAAGAUGGCUGCUACAGUAAGUGAGCAUGGUUGCAUCUGUUGGAAACAUCGCUAGUCUUCAUUUAUUACUGAAAACUUUUAAUUCAAUUGUUUAAAAACAGUUUAUGCUGUGGGCAACAUGGAAUACACAGGAUACUGCACUGAACAUGUCCCUGUUAAAAUUGAAUCAGAUUCAAAGAUGUACCAUGGUGACAACUAUACCAGAGACCCAAGUAUUCAGGUACAGAGGAUUGGUGUUAUGAAUAACGACUGUGAUAUCUAUCAAUGUCAGCACUGCAGAUUGGAUUUUUCAACACUCUCCCAUUAUAAUUUGCAUUUGAAAUACAAACAUGAAGGGGAAAACCUUGACAAUAAGAAUCUAGAUUUCACAGUUGACACUAGCGAACAUUCUAAUCAGUUAUCUAAUUUUUGUCAGCUCCAUGGAAUUCAUAAAGGGAAAAAGCAUUGUAAGUGUGACAAUUGUGGUAAAUAUUUUACAAGACUCGAAUAUUUAAAAGUACACCUUUUAAUUCAUAUAGGAGAAAAGCCUUACAAAUGUGGCCAAUGUUUGAAAUUUUUUAGAACUCUCAGUCAAAUAUAUAAACAUUUAAAAAUUCAUACAGGAGAAAAGCUUUACAAGUGUGACCAAUGUGGUAAAUGUUUUCCAACUCUUAAUCAAAUACAGAGGCACGUUAUAGUUCAUACAGGAGAGAAGCCUUACAAAUGUAGCAUAUGUUGUAAAUAUUUUACUCAGAUUAGUAGCUUGAAUGCUCAUCAUAGAAUUCAUACAGGAGAGAAGCUUUACACAUGUAGCAUAUGUUGUAAAUUUUUUAUCAAUUUGAGUAACUUAAAGAAACACCAUUUAGUUCACACAGGAGAGAAGCCGUACCAGUGUGACGAAUGUGGUAAAUGUUUUACCCAUUCGCGUAGCUUAAAGCAACACCAUUUAAUUCAUACAGGAGAGAAGCCGUACAAGUGUGACGAAUGUGGUAAAUGUUUUACCCAAUUGUGUAGAUUAAAGCAACACCAUUUAAUUCAUACAGGAGAGAAGCCGUACCAGUGCAACCUAUGUGGUAAAUGUUUUACCCAUCCGUUAAGCUUAAAGAAACACCAUUUAAUUCAUACAGGAGAGAAGCCGUACAAGUGUGACCAAUGUGGUAAAUGUUUUACCCAAUUAUUUACCUUAAAGAACCACCAUUUAACUCAUACAGGAGAGAAGCCGUACAAUUGUGACCAAUGUGGUAAAUGUUUUGCCCAGAUUGGUUACUUAAAGAAACACCAUUUAACUCAUACAGGAGAGAAGCCGUAUAAGUAUAAGUGUGACCAAUGUGGUAAAUGUUUUGCAACUCUUUAUCAGGUACAAGUGCAUGUUAUUAUUCAUACAGGAGAGAAGCCUUUCAAAUGUAGCAUAUGUUGUAAAUAUUUUACUCAGAUUAGUAGCUUGAAUGCUCAUCAUAGAAUUCAUACAGGAGAGAAGCCUUACACAUGUAGCAUAUGUGGUAAAUGUUUUAUCAGUUUGCAUAGCUUAAAACAACACCUAAAAACUCAUACAGAAGCAAAGCGAUACAAGUGUGACCAAUGUGGUAAAUGUUAUACCCAUUCGUCUAGCUUAAAGCUACACCAUUCAAUUCAUACAAGAGAGGAGCAGUACAAGUGUGACGAAUGUGGUAAAUGUUUUACCCAUUUGCGUAGCUUAAAGCAACACCAUUUAAUUCAUACAGGAGAGAAGCCGUACCAGUGCGACCAAUGUGGUAAAUGUUUUACCAGUUCGUCAAACUUAAAUCAACACCAUUUAAUUCAUUCAGGAGAGAAGCCGUACAAGUGUGACCAAUGUGGUAAAUGUUUUACCUAUUCGUUUAGCUUAAAGCGACACCAUGUAAUUCAUACACGAGAGAAGCCGUAUAAGUGUGACCAAUGUGGUAAAUGUUUUACCUAUUUUGGUAAUGUUAAUACACAUCUUAGAAUUCAUCAGGGAGAGAAACCUUACAAGUUUUAAGUAAUUGGUAAAUGUAUUACAUAUUCCUCACAUUUCAUUGAACAUAAUUUAAAAACCUCUACUGAAAUAAAUCCAGAAUGACCAGACACUUAUCUUUUUACUUUC